AUGGAAAUGAUUUUUGUUUGCCAAUACCUUGGGACGGUGGGACCAAACGACCUCCGCUUGCAUGGCCAAGAGUCCAAGACCACCUCCGAUUUCGCAGCUGCGAGCGUUGCUUGGCUUGAUGGGAAAGACGAUGUUAAGAAGAGCAUGGUCGCUCCCGGCCAAUCAUUGACGCUUUUGUACCAUGCUUCUCCAUUGCCAGCUUCCUGCUUGCACUCUUCACAGGAUUUUCUCACACAGAGAGUUAUUGUUAGCUUCCUAGGACCCAGCUUCGCCCAGAUGAAGCGGGCAUUCACCAUCGGCGCAAUUGUUGCGACUUUUGCGCUACCAAGUGUUACCCAGGACAUUACGAGUCUACCACAAUGUGCCCAACAACCCAUUCUUGAGGCCAUUAGUGCUUCUGACUGCCCUCUAACCGAUAUUGCCUGCAUAUGUGCCAACGAGGGUUUUGUCAACGGCUUGGUGCAACUUAUCCCUACAGUUUGCACUCCUAGUGAAGUUGAAUUGGUCAUCGAAUUUGCUGAGACGCUCUGCUCUGCGUAUGAUGUCGACAUUGAUCUUCCAAUCUCGUCGGCACCCAGCGGCACAUCUUCAAUACUUCCCACUACAACCCGCAACUCAAUUACUGCAUCACCUACUGCAACGUCAACUGGUUCCGAGAGUGCCGUAGCAACAACCUACACAGCACCCAGCUCCGGCAUCACAUCUUCGGGCCUUUCAGAAAGCGCUGAGACUGCGCCUAGCACGAUUUCUACCAAUUCAAUUGGCACUGGAGUUACGGAGUCCAGCACACGCGCUUCCGAAUCCAGUGGACCGGCACAGCAGACAGAGAACGCUGCGGCAACAAAUGUCAUUGCCUCAACCGGAUUUUUGGGUGCUAUGGCCAUGGGCAUUUUAGCCAUGAUCUGA